AUGUCAGACUCUACAAAGCCUCCAUCUAUUCCCUCAUGGCAACGCCAAGCUAGCACUGCUCCAGCCAAUGAGUCUUCCCAGUCUCCAUCUUCAUCGCCGAUCUCCGACGAUGCGCCAACACCGACAUCGCGGUCGGAGCUUGUCGAGCAAGCUGCGCGAUUCCUCGAAGACGAAGCAAUCCGCUCUUCUCCAACAGACCGCAAGAUCUCAUUCCUGGAGUCAAAGGGGCUGAACAAAGAAGAGAUCGACCAACUCCUCGGUGUUUCCCGAAACGAACAGGCCCCUCCUCGUCAACGCCAUCCCCCCAAGCAGCUACCAUGUCACAAGCCCGAUCCUCUCCCGCCACCCCCUCCGCAUCCCGCGAUGUGCCCCCCCAUCAUCACAUACCCAGAGUUUCUCCUCCAGUCCGCCAAGCCGCCACCUCUCGUGACAAUGCAGCGAGUUCUAUACACUCUCUAUGGCGCAGCCGGCCUAGGCGCAAGCAUCUACGGCGCAAGUGAAUACCUCGUCAAGCCAAUGCUGGCCCAACUAACCGACGCCCGGCACGAUCUGUUUUCCACGGCCAACGCCAACCUCAAGAAACUCAACGAGAAACUCGAAUCUAGUGUCAGCGAAGUUCCGCCACAUCUCCACGCGCACAAGAUCAGCCUCCCGGAAAACGAGGACGAAGACACAGACUCCGUAACCUCGGACCCAACAGAGCUGUUCCACCGCGACAUCGGCACACAGACGACCCCCACUGUGCUGAGUGAAGCGCUCGAUCCCGCCGCGAAAGAAGGGCCAGAGAGUGAGACGACGGCCGAUGCGCCGAUGCGCGCGGUGACCGGUCAUAUGAGCAGGCUGGAGUCGAUCCAGGCGCAGUUGAAAGAGAUUAAUGAUGUAGAGCGUGAGUCAAGUAGCUUGGAGGAUUCUGUGCGAGCUCGUAUGACGGAUUUGCAUCACUACUUGGAUGGGCUGAUUUACUCCGCGCCGACGUACACGGCGGCGGGAUCGGGGUAUGGUCUCUAUUCGACUACAGCAAAUGGGAGUGGUUCGUCUGCGGGUGUACCGAAGUCGGAGGAAGACGCCAUUGCCGGUUUCAAGGCGGAGAUCCGUGGUGUGAAGGGUGCUCUGCUGAGUGCUCGUAAUUUCCCUGCUAGUCGGGGUGGGAGAUUUGGGGGAGCUGCUGCAGCCAGGUGA